GAGGCAAAUGUGGUCAUCUGAGCUCUAUACGCAGUGGAUGAAAGUUAAAGUUUAAAAUAAGAUUUUUAAAAGUACCCGUCAGACGCCGAAUAAAUGGCAUCGCGGAGCUACGGUGUCCUCUGUCAGAGGGCGGGGGUCGUGAAGAUGAUGUGCAGGGGAAUGAGUUCAGCGGCACAACCACAGCCCCAGGUAGAUUUCCUAAAAGGAGAACCGCACAAGAAGCACCCAGGUGUCACCAAUCUGAAAACUCUGCGUCUACCUGAGGAACUCCAGACGGCAGCACAGUCGAUUAUUAAGAGAGCUGAGGUGCCCCGGCUCACCGACCGCACUCGCAGUCUCACGAACUUCCUGUGGAGCAGAAAACGAGCAAUCGAGGAUAUGACCCUGAGAAAGAAAGCUGUGGGCCUGGAGAAAGAACUCUGGGAGAAGGCGAUGGAGAAGAGGGGAGAUAUAGACGAGGAAGCGCUGGAAGACCGCAUCAGGAAGAAAGUGUUAUCAGAGCUGAGGAGAACAACGUAUCAUUGGACUUCCUUGAAGUAUGAUGAAGAGUUAGUUGUGGUGUACAUGGCGGCUCGCCUGGCCGGGGGCUACGCUGCAGUGAAGAGAGCUUUAAAUGAGAUAGUGAAGAGGGAUCCCUCUUUUGCUCCUCAGUCUCUCCUGGAUUUUGGUUCAGGCCUGGGAACAGUUGUCUGGGCAUCACACUCGUGCUGGGCCAGCUCUUUGAAGGAGAUGGUGUGUGUGGACAGCUCUGGGCCAAUGAACAUUCUGGCAGAACGCCUUCUCAAAGGUGAUAAUGACAGUGCUCAACCUCACAUCAAAGAAGUGUAUUUCAGACAGUUCCUCCCUGUCACUCCUAAGGUGCAGUUUGAUUUGGUUGUCGCAGCUUUUACCCUUUCAGAGCUUCCCAUUGGGCAGGACCGAGAAGAGGCAGUGUUCACUCUGUGGAGAAAGACGGGCUCAUACCUGGUGCUGGUGGAAAAUGGGACCAAAGAGGGCCAUCAGAUUCUUAUGGAAGCUAGAGACACUUUAUUGAAGAAACAAGAGAAGAUAGUCCAUGACUCCAGACCAGCGUCAGUGUUUGCUCCGUGUCCUCAUGAACAGAUGUGUCCCAAACUGGCCAGAGAGCUGAAUGUCCCCUGCAACUUCCUGCAGCCAUACCAACCCCUGCCUCUGCCCAAGCACAACAGCCAACAGAUAGAGAAGUUCAGCUUCCUGAUUCUGACUCGAACAGGAUCAGUAGAGGCAAAAACAGAAGGUCUGGACUGGGGAAGGCUGAUCGCACCGGUGCUGCGUAGAUCGAGACAUGUCCACUGUCGGAUGUGCUGCCCUGAUGGACAACUACAACACAUUGUGGUGACGGCUCGAAAACACAGCAGAGACGUGUACCGCUGUGCUCGGAGCAGUGACUGGGGAGAUCAACUGCCGAUCAUUCAAAAAGUUGAGGAAGACGUCCAGAGUGAUUCAGAGUGACGAUUCAGCCACAAACAAACAUUUUUUUUUAAGAUUUCCUAAAUAAUGGAAUACACUGAACAGCUAUUGUGUAGUAAUGAAGAUUACUUCAAUAAAAAGUUGUAGUUA